AUGAACAAGCUUUCAGGAGCCAAAACAUAUCAAAACAAUCAAGGUUAAAAAUCUCAUAAGACCUUGUAAUAAAGGCUCCCUGAAAAGGUCAGAUUAGAAAGUCAUGGAUUAGUAGUUGCCAAAUUAAAGGAUAAGAAAAGAAAGAAAGAAGAUUUAAGAAAGUAUUUAAACGGGAACAAAUGUGAUUACGUUUGA